CUAAAUCCCAAGGAAAACAUUUGCCCACUCUUUGGCAGCCCGGAGGCUGGCCGUACGACGCCGCCCAGCGUCAAGGCCAUGCAGAACCCAGGCUCUACGAAGCUGUUUUGAAUGACCUAUAUACCCACCCGUCUCGGCCUCGGCAAACGGAAGCAACCCCAUACUGACGAGGACCCAGUCGCACCCAGCGAUGACGCAGACGUCAACCAGAGAGUGGACGGUGACAGAGGCAUGAUGGACGCGUCACUGGGUGCAGAUAGUGGUUACGAUUCCGACGACCAUCAAGGAGCCUACGCGACGGCUAAUGAGGAUGACUUCUCUGAGCUGAAUGGCACCUAUGCCUUCAAGAGAAGGAAGCUUCACUUUCAAGCGACCGAUUCCCCUGAGCAGGUCCGUGGCACACCUUCUCCAGACAACCUCAAAGGUUUACCUCCAUCACCCCCGAAUUCGCGCACAUCUCAACAAGUCCCCUGCUUGAAGCCCAGGAUCCAACCCUUGGCGACCUUGGCUUGGAGAUUCCCCGCACAACAAAACCUUUCGUUGUUACUGACAAAUUGUCUCCUCCAUCACCUGACCAUCCGUUGCUUAUCACGCCACUGAACCCGACACAAGGUCAGGGUUCAAACACAUCGCGACUUUGUCCCAGGAUUCCACGGCCGCCUUCGGAGGCUACCGUACUGAAAGGAUUGGAACAACUCAACACACGUUCCAAACUUACCGACGACGUUCUUCUGGCCCUCGUCUACGCCAUCGCCACGUCAGAUUCUGCCCGACAAGACAGUUUCUUUAUCGACCCCCUGUGGGUCAAACUUGAUGG